AUGUCGACGGCUUUUGUGCUAGUUACCAGUGCUGCGUCGGUGAUCACCAUCGUCAUGCUUAUCAUCAUGAGCAUUAUUGUGAACGACAUUAAUAGCCUUCAUGAUGAGAUUACCGAGGGAAUGAAGGAGUUUAGGAUGGACAGCGACGGUGCAUGGAAUAUGAUCGUAGCUGGUUAUGCAGACGCGAGCAACCAACUUUCAAAAACGAAACGACAGGCUGCAGCGCAAAGACCCGGUUGCGCAUGUGCAGCAGCUAUUUCUACUUGUCCACCCGGACCUCAAGGACCGCCUGGAAUCCCAGGACCACCAGGAGAGCCAGGAACGGACGGAGCACCAGGCAGCCCGGGUGUAUCCGGAAUAGGAGUUCUAGUCCAACAGCAAACCGACCAAGCAUGCAUUAAGUGCCCGGCUGGACCCGAGGGACCGCAGGGGCCAGCGGGAGAGGCUGGUCCGCGCGGUCCAGAUGGUCCACCUGGUCGUGAAGGAAUGCCUGGAAGUCCUGGCGAGAGCGGCCCGCCUGGUCCUGAUGGUGAAAAGGGUCCAACUGGCCUUCCAGGCAUACGAGGCAUGCCUGGUCCGGCAGGUCUGCCGGGAAUACGCUACACUCCGGGAAAUGCAGGAAAGCCGGGACCACAAGGACCACCAGGACGCCAAGGGCCACCGGGUAAAGAUGGAGACGCAGGUCCUAGAGGGCCGGAAGGAAUGCAGGGACCAUCAGGAAUGCGAGGACAUGAUGGUCCUCCUGGUAAAGAUGGUGCACCUGGUGCGCCGGGUACCCCUGGUAAACCCGGGAAGGAUGCUCAUUAUUGCCCAUGCCCAGGAAGAAGUCCGUUUUAA